GGAAGUUUAUUUAUGUACAUUUUUGCGUGUGAUUCAUCGGAAUUUGGAAGGAAACGAAAAUUUUCUCUCAAUUUUGUGCGUUCUUUUAUUAGUUUUGGACAAAAAUCUAUUUGUUUCUGUUGAGUAUUUUUUGUGAUCUAAAGAGGAAAAUCAAAGUGAAACAUGGGCCUUUUCGGGAAAUCGCAGGAACGAAAUCCAAAGGACAUGGUUCAAGAGUGGUCUUCAAAGCUCAGGAAGGAAUCCUAUGCCCUGGAUCGACAAAUUCGAUCGAUUCAACGAGAGGAAGACAAAAUUAAACGAUCGCUAAAGGAAGCGGCGAAGAAAAAUGAUAAGGAAGUUUGUACGAUUUUAGCAAAGGAGAUUAUUCGGUCCCGAAAAGCAGUGAACAAGAUCUACACCAGUAAGGCUCACAUAAAUUCGGUGCAACUGCAAAUGAAGAACCAGCUAGCAACGGUGCGGGUAGCAGGAUCGUUGUCCAAGUCUACCGAGGUGAUGCAGGCCAUGCAAUCACUGGUGAAGCUUCCGGAAGUGGCAGCUUCGAUGCGGGAAAUGUCCAAAGAGAUGAUGAAAGCUGGAAUAAUCGAAGAAAUGAUCGAUGAAACGAUGGAAUCGCUGGAGGACGUUGAGGAGAUGGAAGAAGAGGCACAGAAGGAAAUUGAUAAGGUCCUAUGGGAAAUCACGGCUGGCAAAUUGGGCGAGGCCCCGGCAGCUCCGAUGGCAGCCCCAGCGAAAGAAGGCGAAGCAUCCGGUGUGUCGGCCACAGUGGAAGCUGAAGACGACGAGGACGACAUGAAGGACAUGCAGAGUCGAUUACAGGCGCUGCGGUCGUAAAGAGCUGUGACUAUUUUGUUUCUUAGUUUACUAAGAUAAUUACAGGUAAGUCUACUUAGAUAACUUUGGCAGAGCUUUUUGCUGGAGGGUAGCUCGUUCCCACUUUCGCACCCUUUCAAAAUAUAUCGGUUUGUACAUAUUUUCACGCGUAAGAAAAUGAAAGUCAGACUUAGAAGCGAUACGUUCUUUGGAUUUGUGAGUUUUGGAGGGAUGCCAGAAAAGGCACAGUAAGGAGGGAUGUUCCGUAAUCGAAAGAAAACUUCAGUGAAAAUGUAUUAAAUUAUAAUGGAAAGUUUAAGAUAUAUUUAGACUAAUACACUUAAAUAUAUUUGAUCACUGA